AUGAGAAAUAAGAAGGGAAAGACACCAAUUGAAGUAUUUUAUGAUGAAAACAAUCAGUUAUCCAAAGAUAUCAAAGAAUCUGCUAAAGGAAUAGCGGAUUCUGGGAUGGUUGUGGCAAUGCUUGUUGCUAUUGUAGCAUUUGCCGCUGCUCUCACUGUUCCAGGUGACAAGAAAUCUGUUAACAAUGCCUGGUUCAUAGUUUUCAUCGUCACAAAUGCAAUCGCAUUGUUCACUUCUUCUGCGUCCAUACUCUCUUUCUUGUCAAAUUUCACUUCUUCAAGAUUCGCAGACGCUGAAUUUGUUACAUCACUACAUCCCAGCUUGACUGUUGGCUGUGGGUUACUAAUAAUCUCCGUUGCUGCUAUGGUUGUAGCUUUCGUUGCAGCAUCCUUUCUGAUAUUUGAUCACACAACAAAAUGGGUUUCUUAUGUAGUGACUCCAAUGGGGUUUUUCCCAUUGCUUGUGUUUAUUCUCUUCCAAUCUAAGUUCUGCGAAGACUCCUAUUGGUCUAAAUACUAUCGUCCCAAACUUGAGUAA